ACCCGUCCGCUAAACCCAUAAUUCUCCGCGCUGAGGCAAGAUGGAAGGAUACAGCAAUAUCUCAGUGAGAACAAUGUUAGGGCUGUAAAGAUUGAAACGGACUGCCGAAGAUUAAAAAUAAACCAGCCGAAAGAACAAGUGGUGGUCAUGCACUGGUAAGAGGAAUGGAAAGAUUACAAUUUGUGAUGGUCCAGGUCAGCUCUCUGUAGUUGAACCUGCUCACCGCCGCCAAGUUCACCAUGAGCAUCGUUCAGGACAAACUGGGUAAUGACUUCAUGCGCUCCAACGGGGUCAUGGACUCUAACUUCUCCCCCGGCAUGAUCAUGUUCAGCCACCUGCCCCCCGUGACCAGCUUCACCCGGCUGGCUGCCCAGUCCGUCAUGCAGGACUUGCCGGGUCCCCACGACAUGAUACUGAAGAAGGAGCGGGAGUCCCCUGACUGUGGCAUGGCCGGGGUGGGUGGCCUCGGGGGCUUUAGCGGAGUGGGGGACUACGUCCACGCCAUGGGCAUCAAGCAGGAGAAGAUGACCGAGCACGACUACCGUCUGCCUCUUUACCCAGGGGGCACGGGAAAGAACAUGGAUCUGCUGGAUGUGUCCGUGGGCAACCACCAGAACCUGUUAGCGCACGACCUCAGCCUCGGCAACCUGCCGAGUCGGUUAGGAAAGGAGUCCUCGGGGAAGCGAGGUCGAAGGUCACACGGUGAUGGACAGGAGGGCAAGCCUCGGAGGAGGCGUGGAGAGCCUAAGCAGUCGAUGAUGCUGGACGCCGAGGGCGGCAGCCUGUCACCCAGCGGGAAGCCUCAUAUCUGUGAGCACUGCAACGCCUCCUUCAGGAGCUCCUACCACCUGCGCAGACACGUCCUCAUCCACACAGGUGAGAGGCCUUUCAGGUGCAGCCAGUGUAACAUGAGCUUCAUCCAGAAGUAUCUGCUACAGCGGCACGAGAAGAUCCACAGCGGAGAGAAGCCUUUCUGCUGCGACCAAUGUAACAUGCGGUUCAUUCAGAAGUACCACAUGGAGCGACACAAGCGAACCCACAGUGGAGAGAAGCCAUACAGAUGUGAGACCUGCCAACAGUUUUUUUCUAGAACAGACCGAUUGCUCAAGCACAAGCGCACCUGUGGAGAAGCCAUGAAAAAGGGCAUGGAUCCCGGGAUGUUGGAUCUGGGCUGCGAGGACAUGGAAUCAGGGGGCUACGGAAUCGCUCAGGGAAAUGCCGGGUCCCUGGGCCGGAAGAGGGCCAAGUCCAAAAACUCUGGAGAAGGAGGCGAGCGCAAAAGGAAGCGAGGGAUGGCGGCAGCAGGAGGGGUGGACGUUGCGCACCUCCAUGGAGGCCAGCUAGACGGCUUUACGCUCCACAACUACGGAACGGAGAAUCACACUGUGUCCUCUGCCACUCAGCCAGGGUCCGGCAUGCACCAUGGGCAUCACGGACGAGCCCCUAAAAUGGCCUUCAAGAAAGCCAAUCGCAAGGCCCAUGAGAAGGGGGGCCCAGGACCAGCCAAGCAGGACACCAUGGUGCAAAUUGGUGGGGGUGUCGGGGGAGGGAUCGACGGGAUGGGCCUUGUGCAGGGCUCCGGGGCGAAAUCAGGCCCUACCAGCAGCAACUAUGACGAUGCCAUGCAGUUCCUCAAGAAGAGGCGCUACCUUAACGCAACCAACAGCGUGGCAUCAGGGCCUGGGGUGUCUGGGGGCGGCACCAACGACUACGAGGUCACCGUUGGUCACCUGUCAUCCCAGCAGUCUGUCAUCCAGGGGGUUGUCUCUGGCGUUAUGGAUGGUGACGCUCCCCUUGGCCUGCUGGACUCGUCCCCCAUGGGCGGGGACAAGCAGGAGAAGUCGGGGAUCCCCGACGAGGUGCUGCAGAGCCUGCUGGACCACUACUCCCAGAAGCCGGAUGGCUCGCACCACGACGAGGUGCCCUUUGACAUCGCCGACCAGCACAUGGAGCUGCACCCCACCUCCGCGGACGGCGCAGACCUGGGCCGCGACGCCGACUCGCCCGGUCCACCUGGCGACAAGGCGGUAAUAAUGCAUGAGUACUCCCGCUUCCUACUACAGGCACUGGAGCGCACCAGCCACAGUGCCGGCUUCCCCCUCGGUCCGGGUCUACCAGCAGGGGGGCCCUUCACCGGCGCCCCCCACCAGGGCAACCCCCUGUUCUCGGACAAGCACGUGUACACUACGUCCCCGCUGGAGUGUGCCUUCGGCCAGCCGGCGUCCUCUCCCACCCUGCCCUCUGCCGUACCAAAGUCCCACUUCGCGAUGCUGUCGGGCUCUUCCCCGCAGCACGGCUUCCACCUGAGCAGCCUGGAGGCCGCCGGCCGCCAGCAGCUCACCCCGUCUCAGGAGCUCACAGAGCAGACGCCGCACCCCUCCUCCCCGCCCUCCUCCUACCAGAUCAGCCCAUCGGACCUAGCCGGCCACAAGGACUCGCAGCCGUCCAAGAAUGGCUACCCGCGAGCCCCCUCGCAGGACCUGUCCCCUCACGACCCUACUAAGGCCACCUACGCCAUCGAGAACUUUGCCCAGGCCUUCGGCUCCCAGUUCAAGUCGGCUGGGCGCGGACCCUUGUCCUACGGCCCCGACUCUACUGGCGAGGUGGACCACAGGAUAAGGACGCCGGUCUCAGAAUUCUCAGGGUACGGUAGUUUGCUAGCCGACGUCAACGAGCCAGUCAGUACCGGUUCCAAAACCCCCACAAGCCAAAGCUACCGAUAAGGGCCUGGGAGGGGAUGAGGUUCUGUGGGAUGGUGUUUUAUUUUUUUUAUUUUUUUUUUUUUGUGAUCCUGUUUUAUUGUGAUUUUUAUUAAGUGAUAUUUUGUUGAAUAUAUAUUUUUUUUUAAUCAUUAUUACACUGCCGCUAUGUUGAUAUGGUCCAUCCCUCUCCCCAGGACUGGUCUUUAAUGUCUCCUUCAAAUGCAAUUUUUUAAGAUAUAUUUUUUAAGCAAAUGUGUAUUUAGUCUUUUUUUUAUUUUGUAUUCAUGUCAAUUUAGGUCUGCUCGUAAAUUGUUAGAUUCAAAAGUACUUUUUAAUGCAAACAACAUAGAGUAGUUUUUCUUCUCCCGUGAGCUUAAGUGUUUUAGCAAUCAACUUUACAAUUGUAACAUAAUAAUGAAAACAUUGAUGGCGGCAGGGAGAGUAGCCCAGAACUGACAUAGCAAAAAAACAAAAAUAAAUAAAGAUAUUUUCUGUUACAAGGUUAAAAGUAUUACUCAGGAAAAAAGUGUAAAACAGAGAAACGCAUGAGGUGCAGUAAGCACUAAUUUUAGAGGUGUAAAUUUGUGACUACGAAGAGGAUGCUUUGUUUGGAUAUUGUUUGUUUUAUUCCUUGGUAAAUAAGUGCAACAAACUGAGACUGCUGCCAGUUCACUUACACUGAGAACACUUUCCACUUAGCUAUAUAGAGAUUAUGGUACUCUUCAAUGUGAAACUCAUGUUUUCUUUCAAUAAGUCCAUAUAUAUUUAUAAGAAUCUAUAUAUAUAUAUAUGUAUAAUAACAGAUAUAAUCAUUCUGGGGGGCUGCCAGAUGACGUCAAGGUAGAGCAGAGGGGUGGAGUGGGGGGGGGGGUGAAUCGUUUUUUCAAGUUUCGGGAGAACAAAGUGAUGCAUUUAUUUGGCCAAUAGAGGUUGCUGUUGGACAGCUUGUGGAAUGGCCUUCCCUCCCCGCCUCGUCUUCCUCCUCAUUACUCUUUCUUUAAAAGAAUCCGAUUAGCACUUUGAGCCAGAUCAUUGAAUAAACAACACUACCCCGUCAGCCCAUGUGAGAGAUUGGAAACAAGCUUUUUUGUUUUGAAGAAAUGUGUUGGAUUAAUUAGGUUGUUCUGCGAUACUACUGUAUGCAGAUGUGGGAUGCUGGGGGUUGUCUUGACCGGGGGGGGGGCUGUUUUGGGAGUGUGAGGGGGUCUUUGGUUGCGACGUCCUGUGUUUCCAUGGCCAUGUUUUAAUUUGGGAGUGUUAUGUGGGAGGAUUUGGGAUUAGCAUCAUGUCUUGGUUUUUUAUGAAAUAUGGGAUGGGUGGGGGGUUGAUUAAGUAUUUACAUGCUUAAAAUAAUGUUAGGUUAUUCACCGCCCCUAUAGUUUCAGCUUCUAUUACCCUGUUUCGCGUCUUUGCUUUAUUUAAAAAGGUUGAACAAAGUGGCUGUGCAUUUUCCUAAACAGACUGAAAAACUGAAACUGAAAUAGUGUGAUUGAACCGUGUACCCUAUAAGAAAUGGCAACCGUUGAACAGUUCUGGUGUGCUGGCACUACCAAGGGUUUUGUCUGAUUAAUUGGGUGCCAAGUCCUGGUAAAUUUUGUCUGCAAAGAAAAUGAUUGCAUCCAAAAUGGCAUCCUAUUCCCCUAUGAAGUGCACUACCUUUGACUAGGGACAAUUGGGUUUUGGUCGAACAUAGUACACUAUGAUCGGAAUAGGCCUUUUAGUGGACUCACAUUAUUGUCUAAAUGAAAUGUCUCUCAACAUGUGAUGUCUCAUGCGUCAUUUGAUCGUGUGAUUCCUUGCGGUUCUUGCAUUGAACCGUUCAUUUAUUUAUGCUGUAAAAAAAAAAAUUGUGUGUAAAUCGAACAAUAAUUGCAUAGUCUUCCAUAGCCACAAUGGCCUUUUGUGCUACAAAAAUAAUUGUAUGAAUAUUUUUUUAUUUAUCCUUUUGUUUCCUGAUGCCCCCCCUCCCCCCUUUUAUUUUGUAUUUUUAAAGGAACAAUGAAAGAUUGCUGACUGACUGCAACACUGCAAUAUGACAGGGGGCUGUACCUGACCACUAGAACCAUUUCCUGUGUUUUUAUUGGAUCGGAGGUUGAGGCGUUGGACAACAGACAUUGUGCUCUAUAUACCUCGUUAUCACUUGUACACACACACACACAAGCAGGGACAAAGGACACAGAGUUUGAUGUAUGUAGCAGAAGCGCUGUCUGUUGUAUAUACUUAACAGUUUGGCUUUUUUGUAUUACUUAAAAAAAAAAUUGUAUAACGUACAUUUAUUUGACCCAUCAAGGGGCGCAAAUGUUAGCAGGGAGGCCUCAGGAGUUGUGGUAAAUGAGUCGUAUAUCCCUGCCAGGGGCUGCAGUUAGGCAAUACGCUAAGUGGUGUCUGAAUGAAGCCCUUGGCUGUGUAGUAUGUUAGACAUUUGCCACAAUUUCAUGGGUGCCGUAUUGCUAUAAAACGGUUGCCAACAUAAAUUGAACGGUUAACGAGUAAUGUUGCAUCUCACCUGUGGUAUCUUAUAUCACAGCUUUCCGGCCGAUCCUUUUCCUGGAUCCAAAAUACCCCAAUUCUAAAAUUGCUGUAGAAUUUGUAAAUGCCUAAUCAUGCCAACCAGUGUUCAGCCUAUAGGUACAAUUUUUUUGUCUCCCAGGUAACAUUAGUUAUUUGCCAUAUUGUUUUAAAUGAUGUAUGCCUAUUAUUUACAAAAUCUAUAUAUUUGUAAACACUGCAUCUAAUUCCUCCCCCGAGUUAUGAUUUGCAUGAUACAAUGUUGUACAACUGUCUUUUAUUUUUAUCACCACACCAAAUUUGGAAGUGAUGUUAUCUUCCUUUUUGUUUAAUUUUCUUCCAGAUUCUUGCGAUAUGAUUCGCAGGGCUGUAAUUGUCCAGUUUAUUUCUUAUUGAUUAGGAAAAAGUUAUAAAGGCUGUUAUCGAGAUGUUUUGUUGACUUUUGUGUGACUUAUUGUCUGGUGUAUUUUUGCUGUGUUUACAUUCAGCCAGUGAAUGGAUGUUUUCCAUUAAAUUUGUUAUUCACAUUGCUUAUCA